AUGACCAUCGCAAGGCCACAUGCAUGCCUCCUCUCGUUGCCCAUAGAGUUGCGGCUCCAGAUUCUGGAAUGCGUCAUCGAUGGAUCACCAAACGCUGGCCUCAAAUACCCGAAAGUAUGUGCGACCGUUAGACCAGAAUCAAACAGGAACUUCCAAGGUCUGAUCCUGGAUCUCGGGUACUCUGCUGCCGCGACCCUAAACGUUCUGCUCGUGUGUCGCCAACUGAGGAACGAAUUCACGAAAGCGGCCUUCCAACGCACUGUCUUCGUCAUCCGGGAUCCCUACUAUGUGAACGCGAAAUACUUCCGAAAUCUUCAGCGCGUCCAGCUAGACAGCUUGAGAAGAGUAAUGAUUGUCUUUCAAGCAUACCGUCUUAGCCAGCUGUCAUCGUGGAGGCGACCCUUCAACCUUGAAGGUCUGCACCUGGAUAAUCUCACAAUCGCAUUGCAGUCUGCAACCCAGCACACCGUCGGGGGAGUGUUGUCGGAGGAUUAUCUUGCCAACAGUACACGCGAUGUUGUAGGGCUUCUACGACAGUUGGGGCACGUGAACAGCUUCAAGAUUGUACAGAACGCGGCGUUUACCACACAGCGUUUUCAAGCGUGGUGGUACCAGAUCAUUGGCCUCAUUCUGAAGGAAGAUCAUUACCAACGGUAUGAUGCACCGGACGCUCCACAGAUCGAGACAACAUGGUGGGAUUGGCAUUUCGAUUCUGCUGAGAAAUCCUUCGAGUUCAUUGCUCGCCCAGCGAAGCCCGUUGUGCCUGAACCAGACUACAUGGAGAUGGUGGCGCCGCUCGUGGCGAGCCUCAUGAGCGCCAUGGAAGCCGGAUCGUCAUGA